GCGCGGCGCCCCGGGAAAGCGAGUCCCGCCCGCCUACGACACCGAGAACGCACUGCGCGCCUCCCACUGGAAACUACAUCUCCCGGCGUGCCCCGCGGCGCGCCUUGCUCGGUCCCGUACGGGUUCCACCUGCGGGGGCUGAUGGGAGUUAGAGUCUAAAGGAGAGGGCGCCGCCUGUCGGCCCUGGCCGACAACGCGCGGGAUGCCGCCGCUACCCGGGCCCCGCUGCCGGGAUCUGCGGACACCCGUGGGUUAUCCAUUUGGCAGUUCACAGCCCCGGGUUCCCUAGUUAUUGACAUCGAACGAUCAGUCCUUCUGGAUUCGGUAAACGUAGGCACUUUCGAAGCUGUUUGGCAUUGGAGGUACCUCAUGACUACGCAGAGGCAGCAGCCUGACACAGAGCGAUCCCAAAGCACACGUUAAGAUCCAACGAGGAGGGCGGCCGGAACAGCAAAAGAACCUGUAGCUGUGCGCCGCAUCCCCUCACUAAGUGUAUUCCCAAUCUCCAGUUCCACGGCCACUGCGCCUUCUCUUUCCCCGCCGCAUGCCCUGGGGAGAGCGACGCUGGAUCAUUUUUGGUGUAUAACUGACACAGGUGGCCGCGGUUCCUGUAAAGCAGCCUCGGAAAAGCUCCUCUCGCCAUCCCGCCCUCCACUCGACAUGCGCUGGAGGCGGCACCCAAUGGGGCGGCGGGCACAAUGUUUCCAAACACGGCACUCCCUGCACGCUCCCCGCCUCCGCCACCCCGCAGCACCGCGAAGGCGGCUCUUCCGCAAGGCAGCAGAGCCGCCAGAGCUGCCGGGAGCGGGGCGGAGGAGAGCGGAGCCGCUUCCUGCGGAUAUCCCUGCAGGAAGCAGAGGCCCAGCUCCCGGCACGGCCUCAGCCGGGCGGCCCCGGGCCGGGCCGGAGUGGCGGGGCUACGCGGAGCCCCCGCCCCUGCCACGCCCACCAAACUUGGUGGCGUCGCCGCCAGAGGGCGCGCGGCACUCCCGUGAGGCUCGGCGGCGACGGCGGCAUUCAAACCGCGGCGGCCGUUGGGGCGGGCGCUCGCUCUGCGCUCUCGGGCUGGCGGGCCUGGGCCGCGGGGCCAUGGGGCCCCAGGGGGACACCUCCGUGCCGGGCGGCCCCGCCGUGGCCGUGGCCUUCCCGGGAGCUGUGUGCCGGGGCAGCGGCUGCCGUUUCACCUGCGAGCUCCUGAAGCACGUCCUGCACCAGCGGAACCAGCUCCCGCUGCCCUACGAGCAGCUCGCCUUCUUCUGCCGGCGGGCGGCCCAGGAUGGAGAUGGAAUUGGGAAACCACAUUCCCUGGGCCUGGCAAGGAGAAAGUGCCAGCAGCUGCUGAUGGAGCUGGAGGGAUUGUUCCAGCACUUGGAAGUCAUGUUUAGUCUGACGCUGGUUCCUCGGGUUCUUUUCCUACUUGGAGGCAACGUCAUGAACCCCAAGGAGCUCUAUGAGCUGAAUUUGGAAGGGUUCUGUGAGGGCUCUGCUGAAGAGAGCCUCGAUACUGCGCCCUGUGUUCGCCAGCUCUUUCACCGCCUGUUUGUUGCUGACGUCUUUAGUGAACUUAAGGCUCUCCCUAUCACAGGCACUCUUGUCCUGGUCCAGGGCCACCGUGACUGUGGUGUUGAGUGGUUCCGGCCCAAGCUCAACUACCAAGUGCCGACCCGAGGGAGGAAGCUGACUGUUAAAUUGUCCUGUGAUGGAGACCUUCAUGUUAGUGCCUCACCUCCACAGCGCACAGUACCUGCCUGGGAGGACUACGUCUGGUUCCAAGCACCAGUGACCCUCAAAGGCUUUAGUGAAUGAAUGGUUUCUAUAGAAAUUUAAUUGGAAUAUUGAUUACCUUUUUUCUUUAGGUGUUAAUAUUAGCAAAUGUAACCAUGUAUUUUUGAA